UUAAAACUCAAAGGUUGAACGUUAAAUACAGUCGUUAAUUUUUAUCUUACGUUUCACAGCAUUUUUCAUGUAAUACUUUAAAACUUAAAAUAUGCUUAGGAGGUUACAAUUUAUAUCCGCAAGUUUCAGAUCGUUCAUUGUAAACCUUUAGAAAUAUCCUUUAAAUCCGUUUCAAAGUGCUUCACGCUUACUACUUUUACUUGUCUUUUGUUGUCAUUCAUAUUUAAUCCAAAAAAGGCACGAGUUCCCCUUGCGGAACAUCUGAUGCGCUUAUCCGAGAAAACCUUUUACAUGAAACUUCACCUGAAUUCAAAAGCUAGGAACGGCAUCACAUUUGUGUAAAGUGCUACGUUCCUGGCACGUUGCACCAGGGUACCAGCUAUCCCUGGAAUACGUUGAUAAUGCUUCCGUGUAUUUCAAACGUACCAUGAACGGCUUUUAAACGCGUGGCCGAGUAAGGAGGUCGAAGCCGGAUAUUAAAAUAAUAAAAGAAGAAUGAAGAAAUGCGUGGUGACACUCCAACAAAGAGUACAAGAGAACUAUACAGAUAAUUCAAAGCGAGAUAACCGAAUACUAUGACUUUCUUGGGAAAUGUAUACGUUAAAUAUAAAUAAUAGAAUUAAAGAUAUUAAAUGUACUGUCUUUUGUAAAGGAUUGAUUAUUUCGACUGAGUGAAAAAUACUUAAUUAUAAUUGUCUGUAAUAUUUUGUUGUCUUCAAGGAAUGGGACUAUCGUUGUUAUCUUGCUUUGCAAUUUAUAAUUAAAUUUUCAUGCAUUUAUCUACAGUUGCGCUUAACGAACUGGAUUUUUAUGUAAUAUACAGCCACUUCGAAAAUUGUAUCUACCAGUUUUAGAAUCCCUAGUAAUUGAGAGCUUCGCGAGAGCACUCGGUCGGUAUUUGUAAUUCUAGAAGGAUGCUCUUGGCGUGGUUGCUCUUGCGUUCUGGUACAGACUGAUAUUCUGUAUCAUCUUCUCACUGCAUAAUGUAAAGUGACGUUAUGCCUCGGAGAGCAUGUAGCCUCUCUUCGUACUCUGGUUGAUGAAACUUUUCGUACACUCUGUAUAUUUAACUGGUGAACUUAUUUUCUCUGAUAACUCGCUGCAGAUGUAUAUAUUUUAUUACGGCGAACGCAUUUCUACAUUAAUAACUGAAUUAAUUUGAAUUUAUGUAAACCGAGUAGCUGUUUGCUGGUUACUUUACUUUGCUCAAUAAGUAUUUCUCGAGAAUUUAAUGUAUUUUGAUUUACUGGGUCACUCUUAAUCUUUUUUCUUUCUUACUGCACUAUCGAAUAUAAAGGUAAAUACAAUUUAAGUGCGCGGGCUGAUUGAAAUUUUAUAUUUUUUCUCUGUCUUUUUUAACUCAAAUUAUUGUCAGCUUACGUAGCUUUACGAUUCUUUUAAGAUUUAGUAUUGAUAAGGUUCGCACUGUAUUGAUAAGAUUGAAACUAUAAUAAAAAUUGAUGUUUUUUUAAUAUAUACAAAUUUUAUCAUACUUUGAGAAUAUUAUGGUAAAUUUUUGAAUGGUUACUUGCAAACUAUUUGUAUCGGUUUUUUGCAGAGGUGACUUUUGAAAAUUCUUUGACAUAUUCAUAUUUCAUUAUUUUUAUCCAACCAUAUGGCCGCAAUUGUUUAUCUUUUAACAGUGAUGCCAUUGUGAAGAAUCUGAGAAGAAUUAAACCGAUGCUCGUUAAUGAAAAUAUUUUCGCUGUAUAGUAGGAUUUACACUCAGUACGAUCGUAGAGAUGGUGAAUAAUACAGAGUAUUCAUAAAUAAUUAUUCCCUUUUGACAGAAUAUUACGUUCUCGUCGAUCAUCCGAAAAGUGCAAUUUCGUAUGAAAAUAUCGUUCCCAUAGUCUAUAUUCCAUAUACACAUACGGCGAGUAAAGCCAGAAAUAUAGUAGACGGAUCGAUGAUUCACGUUUCCCAGAGCCAUUUUCAAUUUCAUUAUUUCACAUGAGCUGGUAGACAUUCCGAAUUUCGCCAAAAGUUUCAACAUUAUUUAAAGAAGUUUUGAAUUCUGUUGGCAAUGUAGUACGUGGAAAAAUUAUUCACUCGAGUUAUACAGUCUGUCGCAAGUAGUGCAUCCGGUAUGCGUUUACGGUGUAGAAUUUUAUUCCGACACAAAAAUAGAACGUAUAUAAUAAAAAUGUAAACUUAGCAAAACUUCAGAGAAUAUUGAGUGUAUAUAUUUUUAUUUUUUCUCUUUAAUAUCUCCGCGUCGAAGCGCGCCGACAUUUUUCUGGCUUUGACUACGUAGUCGAAUGGAGGCGCGCGACAGUAUAUAUUAUAACGCUGAUUUCACAGGGUGAAUUAAAGUUGCCGCUUCUCUGGAAACCCCAGAAAGGACUGCCGAGCGUCGUAACGCGUGACAAUCUGAAAGUCUCUUCAAACAGAACUUGAUGAAAGAAGCUUUGAUAUCAUGAAGCAUAGGGAUAUUUGACUGGCCUGAUAUAAAAAGAGGUACUUGUGGAAGGUUCAAAAGUUCUCCUUAAUAUUUUUUAUAUUUUUUUAAUUUAAGAAAUUCUGUACACUACUUUACCUGCCAAAUAUUCUCAGCAAUCAUCGGACUCGUUGGUAUAAUGGAAAUUGACAAAUUGUAAUCUGAAAGUUUCGCAUUUGAUUUAAAUUUGAAUAUUAACGAUUUAACGUAUCAGCGAGCAAAAAUGAAUUUUUCCAUUAUCUCGUAAAGGAUCGAAUACGAAUAAUUUUUUAUAUACCAUUUAUUCUCGGGCAAUGCACUUUUAUUUUCAAUGUUUCAAUGCACGGCUGUAAUUGUACCUUAAUGGAUAUUCGAGCACGUCUAUGCUUCUGUUCUCUGCAGAGAAGGGGUUACUGUCGAACACUUAAAUCGUUUCAUAAAGCUACGUAAUAACUUGGCAACGGUUGGAAAUGUUCAUUAAGUACGGCCACAAAAAUGCCAGGAGGUUGCUAACUACAUAAUCCUACAUAAUCUUCUGUGCACAUGUAAUAAACCCUUCCGGGAGGCAGUUUGUACACAGGGGUCGUAUUUCGAAACAAGUUUUCCUUGCCAAAUUGAAAUAAGCUUUUUGCACAGAUUUGUGUACGUUGGAAACGUUAAUAUUUGGAUAAAACUGUAGCGUACAUAUAGGACUGGAUGUGCGACUCGGCAUAAAAUUUAAAUAUCGUUUACAUAGAAAAUGGACAAAUCUCUAGAAAGUGGAAUUUGAGUAUUGCAUAAUACAGAAGUAACAAGGACGCGAUAGCGCCUUAAGCUUUUUUCACGUGACAAAAGUUUCUUGAAAUUACGAUAGCAAUACGGGUGUUUGAAAAUAUUUCAAAGUAACACGAAAAUUCGCGCCAGGACUGUCUAGUGGUUUAUUUUUUAUUGCCUCUUCGUAACAUUAGUUACUGGUUGGAAAACUUUAAAUAACUUAAGACCAAUAAAAAAAGAAGGAUCGAACAGACAGAAACUUUUGGAUAAAUCUCCAUCUUUCGUUUUCCCCGACAGCCGAUCAAUCUUUAGUAGUCGGAGGCCUCUCGAAUACCGCCGCUAGUUAAUCGUUGGGUCGAGCUGCCUUUUGAAAAAUAAAACCUCAAGUCUGAAGCAGACCAAAAUUCAUAAAGCUUUCAAGAAAAAGGCAUAAAAAGCUCGCUCCUAUCCUCGUCUGGCUAUUCAUAUAGCUAUUCACCUAUUCACAAGGCCAGUACCCUCUCGUCGAUCUCCAACCACCACCAUCCAUCUUUAAUCGUCACUACGAAGCCUUUCGGCCCAAAAGCUAAAUCGAGUAUUAGCGAUAAAAGUAAAUCGCAAAGUGGCCAAGACGACUUCGUAAGUGACACCUUCUUAUAAGCCACUCAGAAUUCCUUUCAUAGAAACAUGAGACCCUAACCUCAAUAUUUCCAACCUUUUCAACCUUAAUCGUCAGGAUAGACCCUUUAGCCAACUCAACCUACAUACGUCGGAGUAAAACCAUAGUUAUAAACUCAAUGAACGAGCUGUAAAACGUCUAGGCUCGUCAUCUCCAGGAAAAGUUGAGCUCUUAAAGUUUCCGAGUAAAAUGUCACAAAAGUCAAUUCAACGUAUGCGAGACAUCGUCACCAGCUUACAUAUCUACACGGGCAAGACGAGUGCACAGGAAAGCCGCAAGAUGGCUGGCACGUUUGACAUGAAAAGGAGAUAAAAGAAUAGGAGAAGGAGUAGGAGUAAAAUAUAUACAUUCUAGAGUAUGCAGGAGAGAGAAAGAGAAGGCCAAUCGUAAAAUCGUGAAUUUCCAGGACAGCUUACAGCAAGAGAGAAGAGGCUCUCUAGUGUAGGUGGAAGAGUCGAGGGCAUUGGAGGGUGUAGAUGGGAGCGAUCGAUGCAUCGAGGCGUCGAGACGCCCAGCGGCCAGGUCCUCGAGCUCACCCCAAGCGUCGCGGUGUCGCCUUCGAUUAUAUCCCAAGCCUGUGCAGCCUAUGCGUGGCUGCCUUCUAGAGUGCGUGGGUGGUCGCGUGGCUACGUGUGAGCAACGUGCAACCGGCGUGCGUACUUUUUGAUGUGUAGUUGCGUGUCGCGUCCCGUGUGACACGACGUGUGUCGCCCGUGACCCGGAAAACACUUCCCAGCGGAAGGCUCGAGCAUGCUUCACGAAGCUGCGCGAACGACUCUGCACAAAUCCAGGGUAGCGAGUGGCUGCAAAACCGUCUUGUAGCCCGCGUGGUGCUGCCGCUCCUGCUAUUGCUGCUGCUGCUGACACUACCACUCGUUGUUGCUACUGCUGUUACUGCUCCUGGUGCUGCUUCUACUACUGUUACGUUACUGUUAUACCUGAAGUCAGUCUAACUCGUUGUUCUUAGUGCCGGUCGCUCUACGUUACUACUAAUGCUGGCCUGAUCUGCUGCAUGUUAAUAUCUUUAUGCUACUACUGCCGAGUUUUACUCUCGACCUGCUGAAGAUUCUACCUCGACUUACGCGAGAUGCCUCCAGCUACCUCGACCUAUUGUGACUUCUCUAAAGACUGUGAUGCGUGACCCACUGUUCGACGAUUAUGGAGAUAGCCGAUGCUGGGGGUGGUCAGGAAAGGUAUCGACUAGUCGUUCUCACUGUUCUGGUAGCCUUAUUAAAAGCAACGAGUGCAGCAGGUGGUGGUACAUGUGGUUUAGCCGAAUUAACAUGUCGGGAUGGACACUGCGUCCCAUUGGACGCAUAUUGCAACGGUCGAGAUGAUUGCGGAGACGGAAGUGACGAGCCAGCACUGUGCACGCCCUGUAACCGCACCUAUCACGGUCAAGAAGGUCGAACCUACAAAUUGGAAUUGCCACGUCCGGUCGAGGGUCGUCUUCCAUUUUUUUGCCACUUGACAUUCACCGCCGGAGGUCAGGGCCACGGGGAGUUGGUCCAGUUACUUUGGGAUGCAUUUAGCAUAGGGCGACUAGACUCCACCGCUACAGACUUUGCCCUGGGAUGCCCCGAAGGAUCGCUCCAGCUUGCGGAACUCGGAAGACCCUUCACCGGGGGUUUCUGGUGCGGAGCUGGAGAAGGUAGAGCUUCUUACUACAGCGAGACCAGUACGGUCACUGCAUCCAUUCGUCUGUUCCACGCACCGCCAUCCGUACCCUUCAAGUUCAGAUUGCGUUAUCGAUUCGUGUCCCGCAACGAGGCGAUCGCACGUCUUGGUAAACCGGAAAUGCCGAUCGAGAGAGGAUCACCGGUACCUGGAACAUACUGUUCAAGAAACUUCUACGAGUGUCAUCAGAAGCAAUGCCGCGUGCAGAGUCCUAACUACCCUGGAGAAUACCCCAGGAACGCCAGCUGUCUAAUUACUUUAAGGCAGAAGGAAGUACCUACGUGCAAGCACGCGAUGAUAUCAGUCAGGGCAAGUCCCACGGGACCUGUUGGUCUGGCCAUCAAUAAUUCCACUUUAAGCGUAUGGCAGGACUGUCCCUUUGACAGGGACAGACUGAUAUUCCGGGACGGAUCACGUCUUGAGGAUCCGAUUCUUCUUAUUUACUGCGGAGGACCCCUGCCCCGGAUCACAGCCAGAGGAACCACUAUGCUUGUGGAAUUUCGUAGUUCACCAUUGGCCAUGCCCCUAGGAGCAUCGGCCUUGCGGAUUGAACUUGAUGUCCAGGUCGUUUAUGUGGAUUCAGAUGGACUGGAUUAUGCAAGGGGUCCCCAAGGUUGUCAUUUCUUUGUCAAUGAAACUGCCAAGAGGAGUGGUGUACUGCGUGCUCCUCUACAUGCUCUGCCACCGGGGUCUAGUUGCACCUGGAACAUCAAGGGAGCCACUGGAGAUCGUAUUUGGAUCUAUUUCUCAUCCUAUUCUCAGAGAGACCUGACCGGAGCUCUUGAGAAUAACGCCAGUACUCAGGUGGAUUCAGGGUGUGCAGUUAAAGUCUCUUUUUUCGAUGGAACUCCCAUGACCGGUUUGCCUAUGAUUACUCUGUGCGAUGAGACUCCUAAGCUCUGCGCUCAUGCGGCUUUAAGAAACGCCACAAGAAUGACCAGACCAUGCACCAGCGACGAGAGUUACUUCACCGUAACGCCAAGUUUGACUUUACGCAUGGAAACAGUCCUAGGCACUACUCUGCACACCGUGAACUUCCAGGCACGGUAUGAAUUCGUCUCGACCCUCCAAGGCGGCGAAGCUUGGGGCGAUGGGCCAUGCAGUAGGAUCUGGCGUAGAGUCCGAAGUGGGGAAGUGACAUCACCACGGGACGUUCGACUCUUCGGUAGAGGAGGUGCCUCCAGGUUGGAGUGUAAAUACCGAAUCGAAGCUGGAUCUGGAGAACGAAUUAGGCUGACUCUGCACAACAUCAGUCUCGGGGAACAAACAUCCUGUACCAGCGAACCUGAUCCUCAUACGGGUAGACCUAGAUGUAUAAAUGACAUCAACUCGAGGGAGGCGCACCUAAUCCUCUACGAAGCACCCUGGCGUGACGUUAAACUUCCUCGGGCUUGCUUGUGCGACAACACUUCUCAUCUACCCUUGACUCAUAUAUCUGCUGCACGAGCCCUGGAGAUCACCUUCGUGGUGGAUCAACAGGCUCCGCACGAGGAUUUUGAGACUUUGUUCUUUUAUGCAAGUUUUGAGUUGAUUCGUGCACCGGAAUGCCCUAGGAAGCAGCGUGUUCGAGGAGAAGGUGGCGAGUUAAGAUUCGUGGCACCACCUCUAUCACGGCCAGACAUCUACUGCGAGGGUUUACCCUGGUUGAUAGAGGCCAGAGAGAAUAGAUCCCUCUUCGUGUUAACCUGGGGAUGGUUCCUGCCCCUGGAACCACCACCCGUGACAGAGUCUUCGGACAUCCCCAAGUGCCCUACCACAAAUAGAAUCCUUUUAUACUCCGCGUGGGCGUCGAAGCUGCUCAAGGUGAUUUGUCCAGCCGAACCAGGUGCCCGAGAAUACACCGUUCACGUCUUCUCCGAGGAGUGGCUUGGCGGCGCCGAAGGCAAAUGGCCAGGACCUCCAAAGCCGCCAGCACUCCUUCUAGAUUUUGUUGCCAGAGAGCCAGGCCAGGCUGCGGCAUCUUGGCUGGAGAUUUCCAAGAGUCGUUCUGCACUGCGCAGACAAUUGCGUCUUCCAGAAAGGGGCGUAGAAAAUGAGACUGUAACAAAUGGAGACUGUCCACACAGGUGUCCUGAACUUGGCGCUUGCAUUGCUUCGAGUCUCUGGUGCGACGGGAGGAUACACUGCCCGUCUGGUCACGACGAAGCACAAUGUGGAAAUGGUGCAAGAUUACUGGGUCUGCUACCGCCUACAAUGUGGCUGGUAGUUGCCGGUGUUGCCGGAAUUGUCACUGCCUCUGCGUGCCUCCUUGUUAUUCUUAUCGGCAGGUCCAAGGCACGCGCAAGAAGACUUCACUACAAAGGAAAGAAGAAGUGCAAUAAGCCAAGACGAGCGCCGACGGAAGAGACUCUCCUGGGUGCAGCAUCCUGACAGCAGCCCCCCGGUUUCGUGGAGUACAUCCACGUUGACCGGGAGACGACAGUCUAGCGAUACCACUCUGUACUUUACCGUCCACUAACUUAACUUUAAACUUUCCCCAGGUGCCAGCGUCAGGGCGAUGAAGACGAGUGUCUCUGUGAUACAACGCGACACUCUUGUUUGUUCGUUCAUUCAAGUAUCGACCUUGCAUCUCUUUUCACAACAUCCCCUAGGGACGUAGAGUUGUUGAAAAAGCUCAUCUCAAAUUCGCAUCUAUAUCAUCUCUCACGGAUAAAGAACAACAGCAAAUUCUAACGUAAAAUCAAUAUUUUAGUUGAGCGGGAAAAUUCAAAAAAAAAUAAUUCACGUAUCUGAAAUCGAUACGCCGUCUCCUAAAGGUUUAUUGCGCGAGCUUUGUACAAACGACUCAUUACUCCAUUUCGCACAGACGACUAUUUUCUUCCGGUUCGAAACGUUCUUUCUUUUAUAUAUGUACGUAAUCGUAGAUGCUAGAUUAACAGGAAAGUAUUAAUUAUGAUCUACGUCGACAUGAGUUUUCAUUCUUUUUUUUUCGCGGUGUAUGUAUAAAUUCAUAUACCUGGAGAACGCGCCUACAAAUUCUAAAUUCGCCCAUGAUCGAUCAAGGAAGUGUAGCAAGGUACGCGGUAUACUGUACAAAGAAAAGAAAAUGGCAAAACAGUCUGUAUGUAUUAUAGGACACAUAUAAAAUCGAAGCUGGAGAAGUUUGAGAAAUUCGUAAGAACUUCGCAAGAAAUACGAAUGGAGUAAAAAAAGAAACGGUGUUCGCUCGUAGAAAGUUUAGAAAAGCAACAAGAAAUUCCUUGAUCCAUCAUUGAGCCGGAACCUUAGAGUUUCAAAAAAAAUUCAAAAUAGCAAUUUCAAAAUACGCGGGUGAUCGAAAGAACCCGAAUCCGCGGAUGCACGAAGCAGCAACUGGUUACAUAGAACAUUAAAAAAAAUCAUCUAGACUUUACAACGUUAUACUUGACUGUGAUAAUGGAAAUACGCGAGUGCAAAGUCGUCCCAGCAGCGUCGUGACGUCGGCGUCGUCCCGUCGCUCGAUCAAUUGCCGUGCCACGAAACGCCGCAAACUUCCUUCGUUCCUGUUGACAAAAUAAACUUGAUUUUUUGUCUUGUCUCCAGAGUUACGACAUGCGAGUGUAACGUUGAUAUAAAAUUGAUAUAUAUAUAUAUAUAUACACACACAAACACAUUAUAUACUUUUCAUUGCAUUGGCUGUUGAAACACCUCGUGGCAUCCCGGCUGUAUCUAUAAUACUAUAAGGGUUCCUUCUUAAUAAGGUGAUACAUACUCCGUGCACCUAGAGACUGUAUACUUUACAUAAUUAUAUAUAUACAUAGUACAAGUAUACAAAAGUACAUUCGGUACUUGACUAACGUACACUUUCAUUAUUAACACUUACGGAGGCUAUUUGCACUGGAGUUGAAUGACAGUUGGAAUACAUGGGAUGUAUACCUAUAGUUUACUAAUAUACAGAUAUAUGCCAAACACAUGUUUCAACUAUGAACUCAACUGCAGUGAAAAUACAACCAGUGACGCAUGAGCGCGAAUUAUUAAUGUUAGAUGCAGAGCGUCUCCGUUAUUCAUCUUUCAUGUAAAAUCAUGUAAAUCCGCUCACACAUUGUUCCUCGUAUAAUAAAUUUGUUUUACAUAGAGCCGAUGCGAGUAAAAGAUUUAAAAAAAGUGCCGUGUAAUUUUGAUAAAGAUACUCGCAUUAGUCAGAAAAUUUCGUGUGUACCUGUAACUGUUACAGUUGGCAUGUACAAAAUAAUUGACGGUCGAUAAUUCAAACAAAAGAGACGACUCUGCAAUCUAUCGACUUAUAAUUGUGCGGCAAUGCGAGAGGAUGUAAUUCGAAUGUUCGUAAAAACGAAUAUCGCCGAUAUGGAUUAUAACGGAAUUAGACGCGGGAAGUUUGAAUCUCGUGGGCGCCGAAUUUAUUCAAUUUUGUAUGAUGAAAGUGGCGAGUAUUUGUAGAUGCAUCAAUAUGGAUUUAUGCAAGCGGGGAAGUACCAAUAUAAAUGGGGUUUCGAUUAUUGAAAAAAAAAGAAAGUGCGAGAAUUUAAAUGGUAUUCGAACGAAGAGAUCUAAAAAAUGACGAAUGAAUUGACACGUUGAAAAUGGUCUGUUAAUUGAAAUUGUAUUGUACGUAGGUAAUUAUAAUAUUAAUACCGCUAUGGUGUUGGUCGGAUUGACUGUUCGUAGGGGCGAUUAUAAUUUUGCGAGUGACACGUAAAUUAAUUGCGUAGAAAAUACCGUAGCCGCCGAGGUUAUAACGAUAGAUAACCAAAUUUGCUGCCAACCCAUGUAUCAACGCAAUACGAUACGAUUACCUGUGUGUCGCUGGCGAUGAGUGAACAAAGAAAUUCUGCAAAAUGAAUCCUAUAGGAUUUUAUCAUUGCAUUCUUGUCAUUCGCGAAGUCAGUGUUGUGCAAUAACUGGGAUAUCCUGUCGCCAGAUACUCGUCGAGGAUACUUACACAGAAAUUUUGUAUGGUUGGUAGGACUACGUGAAUUUCAGAAAGAUAAACGUCGCGUAUUUAUUUUUCGAAAAUUGAUAAGCGUCUAGUCACUCAUGUAAGCUAGUAGUACCUGUACGAUGUUCAUCCAUUGUAAAUGCGACAUUUUAAUAUCUUGUAAUCCGUCGUAUAGGAUCGGGCUGAAAGGGUACUUAUUAAUUUUUUUUCUAGAAAAAAAACAAUUGCUCUCGCGAGUCUUUAUAUUUUAUAGAUUUUAGGGUAAACGAGAAAAGGUUCUUUAGCUGUAAAUUAUACGGUAUACAUAAUUUGCACUUAUUAAUUUAUUAUGCACCCUGCGUACUGUAUUUCUAAUCUAACCUAUAAUCCGACACUACAGAGCCGUUCAAAAUCAAAGAACAAAGGUCACUUGAAAUUAUAACUCGUCGCACUUAUACGUGCAUUGAAUUAUCGUUACAUAGAUACGAAAUUCGAAAAGUAUCUUACACUAGUAUCGCUGCACAACACUGCACAGUUUGAAAAAAAAUGGUCCGACUUGAGUUUUUUUUUGAAUCACACACUUAAUAAUUAUAAUUAUGUUACAAUUUAAAAGACACCGAGUUAAUCGCAUUGAUAACGUUUGAAUUCAUAAUAUAUAAUUGAAAUAUUAUUAUGCAAAUACUUGAUACUUUUCAUGAUUAUUUGAAUACUGUUCAUGAAUUUCUAUACUAAUUCUAUACUAUGUUUCAAUAUAUUUAAAGUGGCGAUACCUUCAUUCUCUAUUAAAAAAAAAAAACAUAAAAUGAGUUGGACUGUACAUAAAGAUGCGUAUUCACAGCACUAUUACACUUUGCACUUUGGCACGAGGACUGAUAGGUUCGUAUAGUGUAGAGUUCCGUGUCGCAAAACCUGAUCUGACCACGUUACUCAUUCCUCGUAACCUACGAUACUGUAGCCCAUAAGUUCUACUGUAACAUAAAGCACUGUACCACCUAUGUAAGCACACGAGUUCCAAUAAAAGUAAAAACAUCUUGUAGAAAGAGUAUUAUUGUCAUCUGGUGUAAUAAUAAUUCAUUUAAUUAAAAGAAUCUAUAAACAGCAAUAAUGAAAACAUUGAA